GGAAGGGAUGGCGACAUCUUGAACUCUCUGGCAAGACUUGAGCAGGAGGCGAGUAGGAUUUAACCACCGUCAGCUCGUCAUUUCUGACCACCUACACUAGCUACGUAAUGAAUACACCCGUGUUAAAUCUCACAAACGAGACAUAGCCGGUUCAGGUUCAUCACCUGACGCUCGAUUCGCAAGAUGGACGUCUUUCGAGUCUCGGACGGGGCUUUCGAGCAGCUAGACGUCAGCCUGCAUGACUUUCCAUCCCUGGACGCCCUGCGCAAGGCCAUAUCCAAGCUGAUCGACAUCCCGCUCGAGAACCUGAUCCUCUUUCACUCAUCCGGUUCACAACUAUCUGAAUCCCUCUACAACGAGCUCGGUAACCUCGCUGCGGCCGAGUCGUUCCACCGAUCCAGAUUGAUACCACAGGACUCGAACGUCCCCGGUCCUCGCUCCAACAGUCAUCGGAAUCAUCCUAGCCAAGUCCAGUACGACCUCAAUGGAAACGAGAUACACUUGCCGGGAUCGGAGGAUAAAGGAGGUUCGGGGAUAGCGCUGUACGCGUUUGAUAGGGAGAGCUUUAUGGCCGAUCCGCACGAGUUUGUGAAGGGUAUCGAGGAGGAUCUGAUGCUUCCAGCAGCGCUGCCAGGACAGCCUGGAUUUCACACCCCACAAGAUAUACUUGAUCACUUCAACGUCUACCUCGAUCAUCUGCACGAUAUAUCGGAUCGUCUGCACGCCCAGAUACGGGGGCUCGACCUCGCAGGAGGUAGCCUGGGUGAUCACCUCGACCGAUUGAUCCACGGCGAAUCGCGGGAUCGCGAAAGGGUUGACGGACAUGGGGCGACUGGAAAUAUCUCUGCGAGUGCCAGAAGUGUUGGAUUUGCCCCAAAGCAGAUUGACGGACCAUCCGGUUCGGGAACACGUCCGCCGACUCUUACACAGUUCAGGACGACAGUAGACAAAGAGCUCGAGCGGGAACGCAACCUUAUAUGGAAGGCCGACGAGGACGGAGACGCGCAUGUCAACGCACCAUGGGGAAUGGAGCAAGACCUGCUCCUCAUCUCCAAAAUCGAGAUUGACCCUUUUUUCCUGACCAAGACAAAGAAUAAGAAGGACGGCCGGCGGUCCAGCAUGGAGAUGGGAAGGGUCGUGAGUGGUUCAAACACCAAGGGCGAGGCUAGCAAGGAUAUCCAGACCAAGAAAAAGUUUCUGGGAGACUGGGUCAGUGAAGCCAAGAUGCGGACAGUUAGGGAGAGUUGCCGAAAAAUUUAUGACGACCACCGUCGUAAAUCGACGCAUUUGCUGGUAACUUUUGACGAGAUGCAGCAUUCGGCAGAGGAGAUCUUGGCAUCCAUACCUUUACUCGUGCAGGAAGCGGUCACCGCCUCGGAAGAGGUCAUGCAAGAUGCCGAAACGUUGGCUACAAGGAGUCGAGAUUUGCUGGAACAGGAGAUGAGCACAAGCUGGGAUACCCUGCUGUAUCUGGAUGGCAGCAUGAGAGAGCAGAUUGUCACCAUGACGGAACUCAAGAAUGCGUUCACCCUAAACCUACAUAUCCAUCUCCACGCGAUAUCCGGCCAACAAAGUGUCAUUUCGGAAUUAUCGCCUCAAAUGGUCGUGCUAGAGGAAUCACUUUUAUCGACCAGAACCUUAGCGAAGACUGGGUUCCCCCAUCUGGAGCGCUUGCGCAAUAUGACAUAUGCGUACGGCAUGGCCUGCAUCGAGAUAGUCUGGCGCAAAGAGCUGGGGAAUCUCCUACACGGAGGGGCUAGCAAGAUCAUCGACUCGCUUGGAGUGCAUCUGGAGGCUGAGCGAGAACGAAGACGCAAAUUCAAGGACGACAUCUUGGGCUUGUUGCCCUAUGACGUCGAAGCGCUCCACAUCAAAGGAGAGGAAGGCGAAUUGGGGCCCAGUGUGGACCUGUCCGUGGACUCGGGCGACCUCGACCUCGAAGAAUGUGAUUUUUCCCUGUUGACGGUUACAGACAUACUGGAGUUUCUGUUAAACCUCCAGGGAGACGCCGCCUUGAUUCCUCACGCGAAUAGCAGCACGACACCGCUUUCCGACAGUAUAGCGAAGCUCAAAUUGCAAGUCGAAACUAUGGCGCUCAGUCUCGCUCGCAUUCGGGACGUUUGGGAACUUCAGAAAAUUGAGCCAAUCCCGGAACGGCCUAUGCCAGCGAAGAGUCCCAGCGCCCUCACAAACGCGUUGCGGGCGCAAUUGCCCACAGCAACGCUGGGCGGAACACAGCCGUCUACUCAGUCAACAGAUGCAGCACAUCUGGCCAAUCAGCUACGUGCGGCCGAAGCAGACAAUGCGGAGUUGCGCGAGCGCUUAUCGAUACAAGAAGAUAGAAUACCAGCACCCAGUCCCGGCGAUUCUGCAUCAGAAUUCACCCGCCAAUUAGAAGAUGUCAGAGCAGCUUAUGAUCGGGAGAAGCUGAGAGCAGGACAGUUGACGUCGCAGUUGGAAGCGGAACGCGAGGCACAUCAUAUCCAAAUGCAGCAACUAGAACUUGAGAGGUCUCAGAUCUUACAGGGCUUAUCGGACGCCCGUAGCGACGAAGAAGCUCUCGCGAGAAAGGUUUUAGAUCUCCAAGCCGAGCUGGAAAGUGCAACUCACGGGAUCGAAGAAUUGAAGGUAGAGCGAGGCGAGGCGUUGCAGCGACAAGCUUUGCUGGCCGAGACUACCCUUCGCGAAAAGAUGGCAGAGGCUGACGGCGAUCGAGCGGUAUUGGAGCACCAAAUCGCUGGUCUCGAGGAUCAACUGUCACAAACAAAGUCGAAAGCGACACAGGACCUUGAUCUGGCUAACGCCAAGCACGUAAGAGAAGUCAACAGCUUGAAAGCAGAGAUGGGAAUGCUCAAGGCUGAGUUACGAGACUCGCAACGCAAAGUAUCACAGGCCAACGACAUCGUUAUUCAAGAGAAGGAUCAAGCUGGGCUGGCGCGGGCAGAGAAGGAGAAGCAAGAAGAAUUCAGCAAAGAGACGAUCAAGGUGGCCAGCGCAUUCUACGAUUGCAUCUCGCGGCUUCACUCUGCGAUCCAAUCGAGCGCGACUAUCUCGGGUUCCACUUCUGGUCUUUUGCCCGCGGUAUCGGACCGGGACGAUGCUCGGCCGGUCAAACAGUCUACGAGCUCGUCGCUCGUAAGCGCCGAUUACUUGCUGGUCGAGCUUCAGGCCAUGAAGUCCUUUGACCUCACGGCCUUUUCCGAGUCUGUCACCCGCACGAUGGGUUUGGUCAAGAAGUGGCAAAAGUCGUGCAAGCAAUACCGAGAGCGCUCCAAAAAUCAGAUCGCCUUUGCCAAUUUCACGAAAGGCGAUCUGGCAUUGUUCUUGCCCACUCGGAAUGCGACCGCAAAGAGCUGGGCCGCUUUCAACAUCGCCAGUCCGCAUUAUUUCCUUAAGCCUACACCUGGAAUCGAACAGUUGAUGGAGGAGCGCGAGUGGAUCGUGGGAAGGGUGAUCGCAGUUGAGGAGGGGAGGGUAGGAAGCGCUGGUACCAUAGAGGGCACGACAAAUAAGAACCCGUACGGUCUUGCGGGUGGCAUCAAGUAUCACGAGCUACAGGCGGAGGUCUACGUUCCGGUUCCGACGAAACCUAGAAGAUCAGCUUCAUCUGGUAGCCAGACCGGUCCCGGUACCCUGACGAGACUAUCAACCAUGACGGGCACACGACCGUUGACCACGCCGCUCAAUCAGAUAUUGUCGCCGAACGAACGGUCGAGCUACUUUCCUGCUCUGCUCGACGGUUCGGGGCGGCCACUGCCAGAGCGAAUCAGGUCUUCCCAAGAGGAUGCGCUGCAUCCCAGGCGCCCCUCUCACACGGCCAGCAUCGUUCAUCCCGAACUAUCUGGUAUGGUGAAACCGAUCAAGCGACCAUCUAGCGUGUGCUCCUCCGCUUCGUCGAAUAAGUUCAGUAAAGGCAUACAGCUCGGAGUGGGAGGAAGCGGCAAGGGCGGCAGCGUUGUUGGAGUGACAAGAGAGGGCUUAGUUGGCCGCAUGGCGAGACCGUCUGGACAACUCGAAGAACCCAGCCCGAGGCUGACGAAGGCAGAUCUGCCGGGUUCGAUGGCGACGAACCUCGAUAUACCUAGGUCGGGGAAAGAUGGUCGACGAGAAUCGUUCGUCGGUACGAGCGAGCAGGAGACCAGCCCCGGCUCUUUGAAGCUCGUGAAUAGCGGGAAAUACGCUCGCAUGGCUGGUUUACGAGCGAAUCUCGAAGCCGUGUCGAGUGGUACAUCGCCGGGGAACAGCAGGAAGAGCCUCAGUGUCGGCGAAGGGGCUCUCGACAUACUGAAGCGCAUCGGGGAAGGCAAAGCGGACAAGAUAGAGCGAGAUGCUUGAUCACCUUAUGAUUGCCUCAACCUACAUACUGUAUAGCUAUGUAUUCGAUAGCCGAACCGUACCUGACGAGAUUAAAUUACGUUUCUGUGAA